GUGACUCACAGCGUCAUACUCACACACACACACACACACACAGGCAGGCGAGCGCGCACACACACGUAAGCACACACACACACAUACAAGCCGAGAGCAGAGGAAGAGAGAGCGGGAGAGGGUGGAGAAAAGAGGAGCAAGAGUGUGAGGCCCAUCUAUCCAUCCACUCCUCCUCUGCUCUCCUCUGCCCUGCUCUGGCCCAGCCAUUCAGUCCUCUCUCAGUGCUCUCGCAGAAAAGUUCAGCGUCAAUGAGGAAGGCAAGCAAGCAAGAAAAAACAGAACAGUCCCUAAUGUAAUCAAGAUGGAGGCGGCUCCUGGAGUUUUGUGGCAGCCACCGGCUCGUUGGACCCCAAGGGCCCUCCUCGUCUCAACUGCCUCCACACCGCUCCACUAACCACGCUGACAACGGCUGAUCCAGAGGUGCGCCAUCUGAGUGUGAAAUUAGAGAGAGAGAGAGACAGACAGACAGACAGACGGAGAGAGAGUCAUAUAGCAGAAGUAAGUUAAGCGCCAGUGUUGGAGGUCUUCAGUCGGACUAGCCGUGCAUCUGAUGGAUGCCUCUGUGUCUCUGAGUAUAUGAGAAGACGGAUUACUACCAGGCUUCCUUUACUGAGGGAGAGACCUAUACUCUGCGCCUCAUCUACCGUCAGCAUUGCCGACAUCCCCAGAGCUGCAUGUCCCACCCUAAACCUCUGUCGACCCAUAAAGGCAGCUGGGAGCAGAGGGGCUCCAGCUCCGGACCGUGACACUCCUCUGCACAUCCAAACAGGAUUUUCAACAACUCAUCAUUUCCUCUUCAGAGAAACUCACCAACAGCUCAUGGAAAAUACGUCUGCAGCAGAUCUGUUGGAGUAGAGUGCCAAGGUCUAAGUGUGUGUGUGUGUGUGUGAGCAGGUUUGUGUGUGUGUGUGCUGGUGUAGCUAAGGAUGUGUGUGUUUGUGUGUGUAUGGGUGCAUGAUUGUGUGUGCUUACAACAGAGGAGUUUGGCCAUUGUCAGUCGUGGGUGACCUCAGUAUCAUCUUUGACCCUUGUGUGGGCACCCAGAGUUGGCGGGCCCCAAACUGGAAGUGUCAGAUGUCGUGGCCGGGGAUGGCGGGUAACAGGCGACGACAGGGCAGGCCAGCAGCCUGAACAAUCUCGCCUCUCAUACUGAGACUGACGCCGAGAGGAAGAGGAAAGGGAAGAGGAAGGAGGCGCAAGAAAGUGGUGUCGAGCCAACAGCUGGACGCAGGUUUUAAUACAGCAGGCUGCUGCUCUCAAAGGGGCUCUAUGGGAUAGACGUGGGUGUCUGCUAUGCCUGUCGUUAAACGCAGAAGAAGAAGUUGGGAGGAGCACGUGACCAGCCGCUCAGGUCCGUGCUACAGUCUGGAUGACCUGGACCUCGUCUGCUGUCGUGGCGGCCGGAGAAAUGGGCCUCGUUCACGGAGAGUCCAUCGAGAGCGAUGCGCCUCCUUGCCCGAGUGGUUUCCAGCGGUGACAGCCUCCGUUGUAGAGGAGGAUGGGAGCGAACAAUGGCUGGAGGGUGAGGCAGGUGAGAGAGUGAGCUGUGAGCUGCCAGUGUCUGGUGGGUUUGAAUGUGGGUCUGUUCGGGACAAUGACAUCAUGGCAGACCAGUCACAGAAGCCUCUGUGUUCACUGGCUCCCUCCACAGCUGUAUGUGCCGACAAACAGGAUGGUGACGAGAGCAAAGAUUCACCACACCCUCUCCACAUACUGGCCAAGAUCCCUAUGGCGAGCGAGACGCCAGUAGAUGCUCCAUUAGGGCCAACUAAUGACAGCAAAACUCUGCCUUGUGUGGAUGACCUUGGCGAGGCCGAGGAGGCCAACUCCAACUGCCCCACAGCACAGCUUCCCAGCAGCAACCUCCCCAACUUGAACUCUGGCCUCUCCAGGCUCCCCGAUGUUCUGCUCGACCCAAAGACUACGCCGAACAUUUCUCAGACAACGGUGGCAGCAGCUCAACAAGUGGAAGGCAGCAAUAGCACCGCAACGCUAGAGUGCACUGCCACUCUGACGGCGGGGGAGAAUGCCACUGCUCUCCUCAGCCGCCAUCCGAGUGGGUUCGAGGGCUCUGUCUUGAAAGAGGAUACGCCCGAUCACACGCCAAGUCUUGAGCCUGACACGGUGGACAGUGUAGCAGAGCGAGAGCCUGAAACCAUUUGCCAAGGGCACAUGACAGGAGAGACCGAAUAUUGUGAAAAGCCUGGCAAGGCAAAAACAGAUUUGGCAUGUCGGCUUGAUGCCGACAUUUCAGGCAUGGACACCGCCCCGGAGGCACAGGCCCCUGAAGGAUUAGUCCUAGCAGGAGCGGCCCACCAGGUCAUGAGCAGUCCAACACCGGCUGCUCAACACAGCAGCAGAGCCCAGAGCACAGCCUCCUUGCCCUCGUCCACAAGACCAGCGGACCUUGAAUGCCUUCAGACCGAUUGUGAGGCUCUCAGUGCAGAGCCGUGUGAAACUGCAACAAGAGACGAUGAUGAUGAUGCCCACCCUGAGCCGCUGGCCAGCUUAGAAUGUUCCGUAUCCAUGGGUGUCUCCCAGGAGAGGCGCCAUGAGGGAGGCUCCGGGGGCUCAAAGCUGGACACCAUCUUGGAAGUGUCUUUAUCAGAGGUCGGAGACGAAACAGGAGGAGCUGAGAAGCCAGGGUGGGUGGAUAACGACGAGGAGGAGGCUGCUACUGAGAUGCCAUGUCAGAACCCACAGGAAAGCGAAGAAUCACCUGGAACCACAAAUCGAUGUGGUGGAGUGGAGCUGCCAAGCCCAAACGACACAAGCCUUGACGGAGGUGCUUGUGCACUCCAAAGUGCCGAAGGCCGGAGUGCGCCAUGCUCGGAGCAGCUGGAGCUGGGUGAGGCUGGAGAUGCCUCCUCUAUGAUGGCAGCUGCUCAGGAGGAGGGUGGCGCUACUGGGAGGUGUGACCCACAUGUGCCCACCUCUGCAGUCGCCACAGAGGAACAGGAGCAUGUGACUGAGGAGACUACCGUCAAGCUGCGGCGCCGGAAGAGCUCCAGGGAGGAGCGAGAGCGUUCCCGGCUGGACUCCAUGGUCCUCCUGAUCAUGAAGUUGGAUCAGUUGGAUCAAGAGAUCGAGAGCGCUCUGAGCAGCACCUCCUCCAUCACCAGCACUCCCACCCUCCGGAGGAAGGACACCUCGGAGAUGGACUUGGGAGCCCUGAGUGAGGCAGGAAGCGUGUCUGUGUCCACCCAGUCUCUCCACUCGUCUCUUCAUCGCCUGUCGUCAUCGUCAUCCUUAACUGGCCAUGCGUGUCCCUCAGGUGCCAUACCCAAGAGUGGGAUGCUGGCUGUGGUCACAGAGAAAGAUAAAGCGGAGAUCGAGGCCAAAGAGGCGUGCAACUGGCUGCGGGCAGCAGGCUUCCCUCAGUAUGCCCAGCUUUAUGAAGAUGGCCAGUUCCCCAUCGAGAUCUCCUCUGUUACCCGGGAUCACGACUUCUUGGAUGGUGAUGCCAUUGAGGCCCUGUGCAGGAGGUUGCACACCCUUAACAAGUGUGCUUUGAUGAGGCUUGAUGUCUCUCCUCAGAGGAAGAGGAGUGAUGACUCCGACGAGGACGAGCCUUGUGCCAUCAGUGGCCGCUGGACGUUCCAGAGGGACAGCAAGCGCUGGUCACGUCUAGAUGAGCUGGACGUCUUCGUUCUGCCAGGGGGCGCCGGUGAGCCGUCGUUCCCCAGCGAGGAGCGACUGCGCAAGGGCAUGAGCACGGAGAGUGUACUGACUGACCUGAGCGAGCAGCCGGAGGUGGGCUCUCUGCACAGCGGGGGCAGCGUGGCGGGAGACCGCCGGGAUGGGACGUCCGAACGAGGAGGACGACUACCAAGCGCCGCGCCCUCCAGCCCUGGAGUCGGGGGCUCCAUGAUGACAGCCAGUGGCGGAGCAACGAGAGCGAGCUCGGUGGCCAGUGUGUGCUCGUCGGCGACAUCUGGGGCCAACGAGGACUCGCUCUCUGAUGGCCUGCCUUCUCCUCUGGAGUUGCGGAGCUUCUCGUUUGAUGUUAAAUUGCCUGGCGAGGAGCAAGGGAGCGGCGGAGGGGUGGGGAAAAGCAGUGGCAGCACUCGCUCACGGGCCAAGAGCUUCCUGAAGCGCAUGGAGAGUCUGAGGUUGCGUGGAGGCACGCUCACCCGUCGCAAGAAGCCCCGCUCCAAGCUUGAGAUAAGCGGGCCCGUGGGAAUCCAAGAGGGCCUGGACGAGGAGAAGCUCCGCCGAUUGAACUGCGUGGAUAUCCACCCUGCUCAAAACGACAACCUUGAGAACCAGAAUGGUGACAAUAGCAGCAGCGGCGGUGUGAGUGGUGGCACCCAUGGCCGCCACCGGAGUGUGUCUUACUUCACCCAGACCAGCAGUGGCAGUGCAGGCAGCAGCCAGUCAGAAGGAGGCAGCAGUGGAAGUGCCGUCAGCACACCCAGCCCGGUGACAAGGGCUCGCAGCCACAGCACAGCGGCUGCGGGGUCUGGUUACAAGCGGGGAGGAAUGUACCUCGAAGGGUUUGACCCCCUCAGCCUGCUGGUGCAAGCCUCCCAGGAACGCCGGACGCAGAACGACAACCACAACCUUAACACCAUCCACAACACAAACCAGAACCUGGACCUCAACAAGAACCGGAGCGCUGCUGACGGCGUGGUCGCGCAGAACCGACGCAACAGCAAGAGAUCGUCCUCGGCCUCUGCCAAGUAUGAGGUGGGCGCGGAGGAUGAGGCGGAGGCGGAGGAGGAAGAGGAAGAUGCAGAAGGGGUGAUUUUCUUCUAUCUGCCGGAGGGCCACAAGCCUGGGACCUUCCCUAAAGCACUGGCUGACGGAGGACAGCAGCGGCGCCGCAGGAUGGUGGAGGCCGUCUCCACCAUCCGCCGGCGCCCACGGAGGGGCUCCGCGACCUCCCUAGACAGCCGCCUCAGCGUCUAUGACAACGUACCCGCCUCCUUAGCCCGAAGCAUAGGCUGUGAGGAGGACGAGGACGAGGCAGACUUGGAAAGAGCCGGUGAGGCCAAACUGGAGGACGUGCUGAAGGACGUGAGUGGCCUGCAGAGGCUCGUCAAUGCCUGGACGGAGGCAGUCACCACCGGAGAGGAAGAGGAGGAGGAGGAGGAAGAAGAGGACGAAGAAGAGGAGGAGGAGGAUGGGGACUCAGACUCAGCAUUAGACUCUGCCUCACCCUGCCCGUCUUCACCGCUGCAGAAUCGUCUAGAGGAAGAGAACGCUAGUGAUCAGGACAGCACAGGGAAUCCACAUCGAGAGCGUGAGAGGAGGGACUCCGGAGUAGGGGCAAGCCUCACACGGGCCAACAGGCCCCAGAAGUUGCGCUGGCCUAGUUUCCAGAGCUCCCACAGGCCCAGUCUGUCCUCAUCACUGCUGCAAAUUGACUGCCAGUCAGUACUGCAGAUGCUGAUCAUGCAGAAGGUCAGCCUUCUCCGACUCACCGCUCUCCUGGAGAAGCACACGCCAACCAACAAGCACGGCUUCAGCUGGGCUGUGCCUAAAUUCAUGAAGCGCAUGAAGGUGAGAGACUACAAGGACAGGAGUGUGUUUGGGGUUCCUCUGCAUGUGAACGUGCAGCGGACAGGACAGCCCCUUCCACAGAGCAUCCAGCAGGCCAUGCGCUACCUCAGGAGCCACUGUCUGGAUCAGGUGGGCCUGUUCAGGAAGUCAGGGGUGAAGUCCCGCAUCCAGGCGCUCCGUCAAAUGAAUGAAUCCUGUGGUGCAGAUGGGGUUGGAGUCAACUACGAGGGCCAGUCUGCCUACGACGUGGCCGACAUGCUGAAGCAGUACUUCAGAGACCUUCCAGAACCCCUCUUCACCACCAAGCUAGCAGACACCUUCUUGCAAAUCUACCAAUACAUGCCAAAGGAGCAGCGUUUGCAGGCGGUUAGUGCGGCAGUGCUUCUCCUCCCAGACGAGGCCCGUGAGUCGCUUCAGACACUGCUCUGUUUCCUGAGUGAUGUGACGGCAAGUGUUGCCGACAACCAGAUGACGUGCACCAACCUGGCUGUGUGCCUAGCCCCGUCUCUCUUUCACUUGAACACACUGCGCCGUGACAGCUCAUCACCUAGGGUGAUGAACAGAAAGCAGAACCUGGGGAAACCUGACCAGCGGGACUUGAAUGAGAACUUGGCUGCUACUCAUGGUUUGGCCCACAUGAUUCAGGAGUGCCACAAACUCUUCCAGAUCCCUGAGGAGAUGAGUCGCUGUAGGAAUUCGUACAUGGAGCAGUACCUGAGCCCCGUGAAGAUGGAGGAGCUGCUGGAGAGGUGUGGACCACACGGCUAUUGCGGCCACCUUAAGGAGGGUCUGGACGCCCUGCUCAAGGAGGCCAAGGACAAGUUUCGGGGUUACGACAGCGUCUCCACGCCCGAGCCUGCUGAACUUGCCUACAAGAAGAUGCAUGAUGGUUCUCGGCUACGGCUUUGGAAGGCGUCUGUAGAGGUCCCUGCCUCGCCAGAGGAGGUGCUCUCUCGCGUCCUGCGUGAGCAGCAGCGAUGGGAUGAGGACCUUCUGGAGGGCCGCGUGGUGGAAACGCUCGAGGAGCAUGCUGAGGUCUAUCAGUACGUCCGGAACAGCAUGGCGCCACACCCACCGAGAGACCAUGUGGUGCUGAGGACAUGGUUUACGGACUUGCCCAAGGCUGCCUGUGCCCUGCUGAGUGAGUCGGUUGAUCAUGACAGGGCUGCAGUGAUGGGGGUGCGUGCCAAUGUCCUGACCUCCCGCUACUACAUGGAGCCCUGUGGCCAAAACAAGACCCGCCUCACACACAUCUCCAGGGUCGACUGCCGGGGUCGCUUCCCAGAGUGGUACAGUAAGCUCUAUGGACACCAGUGUGCUGCAGAGGUAGUGCGGAUCAGAGACUCCUUCACAUCUCCGAUGGACAAAUAAAUCUCCCUUGGAGGAAAGAAAAUAAGUGAUGGAAGGGAUGGGAGAGGAAAUCAAGAAGAAAGUAAAUGGGAGGUCCUUUUAUAAAGGUGAAAAUAUUACAGGUUUUACUGUAAGGGAGUUGGACUUGAUGGCAACCAAAAGGUAGAAAACAUCAAUGUCUAUACUUAGAAGGAAAAAUAUAAACGUCAACGUCUUUAUUGCGUGUACUUCUUUUUCAAUUUUAACAUAAAAAUGAAGUAAACAAGUAAAUAGUAACAAAGCAUACACUUCCAUUUACCCUCUGAGAUCCAAAAGUAAUUUGCAUAAAAGUAAUUUUUACAAUUAAGUUGCUCUGCCUUGUGUUGUGUUGUGAAUGUUUGUGUAUAUUAAACAUGUAUUCCACCUAAACAGUAACGCAUGACAAUGAACGUUAAUUUAAGCAUUCUUGUAUUUAUACCUCAAAUAUAAUGCCAUUUUUGUACCAUGUUAUUGUAAAUGUUACACUUUAAGUUACAAAAAUGUAAAUGUAAAUGGUUUAUCUUUUUUAUUAUUAAUUUUAUUUCUGUACAGAUUAAUCCUGGCCUGUGCACUAUUAAAUGUCUAAAAUAUA